AUGGCCCUUGUUGUUUCUCCAAACUCUUCCUUUGGGAAUGCACAAUGUGAACAAGAUGAUGCAAUUCAUGUUUUUCUUCGAAUGUGGGAUGGCAAAUCUUUGAGUUGCCAAGUUGGUCGGCAUGAAACUGCAUUUGAAAAACUUGACCGCUUGAACCGAAGAAUAUUGCACGAAUAUCCAGUAUCAAAGGCCAACUACUACAUGGAGAUGCAAGGAAAGCCACUUUCGAUACAUAAUGGCGACUACCUUUUGUGGAAAAAUAAUGCAGAUAUCUUUGUUCAAUACCGCAACCCAGGAGGAUGCUUCAUGGUGAGCCUAACUGUGCUUACCAUGAUCAUUAUGGCAAUUAUUGGAAGCACAUGCACUUGCGGGUUGUCACUGUUGAUUGUUCCACUACUUUUGCCCCUUUUGUUCAUUCUUCCAUUCUUUUGUCUAUGA